UACGUGUUGUAGAAAACUUUCGUUUAUUUAAUCAGUUAUCAUGGACAGACUGGAACAGUGGUUGUAUGUUGUGUGAGAAAGAACUCAUCUCUCACUACUGCAUUGAAAUAUAUUAUAGACAUUGAUUGUUGUCUUGCAACUUAAUUACCAAGGAAAGUUGUUUUGUCUUAAUUCUCAUUUUUAUUGCUGUUUUAGCUAUGAACGUGCUUGGUAGAUGCUUUAUGGAUCAAGGGAACCUUUCUGAUGCUGAAAGAAUAUUGAGAGAGUGUCUGGAGAUCAUAAAAUCUGCUCGACCAGAAGAUCCUGUUGCUAUUGCUGAUGUUCAGUCGUCACUUGCUCAUUGUCUGUACCAACAAGGUAAACAAAGUGAAUCUAUUGAACUGAUAAAGGAGUGUGUCAGGAUUUUGAAAUCACAUUUCCAUCCAAAGCAUCUCCGUGUGGGUUCAGCUGUUUCUCAACUCGGAUCUUAUUUAAUGGAAUCAGGAAAAUUGGAUGAGAGUGAAAAUUAUUUAAGAGAAUCACUUGAGAUACACAGACAUUCUCUCCAUGAGAAACAUCCUAAUACAGCAAUGCCAUUAAAAAGUUUGGGAGAAUGUCUGAUGAGAAAAGGGAAAAAUGAGGAAGCUGAGAAACUUCUUUCAGAAGCUGUAGACAAUGAAAGAGUUUCUCUCCCUCAAAAUCGCCCGGACAAAAUCUCCACUCUCGUGUCAUGGUCAAAGAGUCUCUCAAAUAUUGCUGACUACACACGUGCUCAUCAUGCGCUAUUAGAAUCUCUUCAAAUAAUUGAUAUUAACAAACUUCCCAGCAACAGCUUUGAGAGAUUAGAAGUAAACCGUCUACUAAAGAGAUUGAGCACUUUCCAACAGCAACAAGAUGAAGAGACAAUUAUUCCUGAAGAGAAAGAAGGAAUUGAAGAGACGGAUGCAUCUCACAGCAGUGGAUCAGAAUGGCUCACAUUAGUAGCCAAAUCACUAACUGGUGAAGCUGUUGAAUUGAAAGCAAAAUCGUCUGAUACUGUUGCCACCUUGAAGCGUCGAUUGCAAACCAAGGAUGACCCUUCAUCAUGGGAUCAAUUGCUUGUUUUGAAUAAAAAACAACUACACGAUGAGCAAACAUUAGCUGAUGCAGGAGUAACCGAUGGAACAAUACUGAGUGUCGUUCUUUGUCCUCGUGGUGUGACGGGCAUGGGAGCCGAUGCGGGUGAGUUAUUUGUUCGAGCGUUGUCACAAGGAGCAGUCGAAGUGAGUCGAGUCAAGAUUGUUAUUGUCGGCAGAGACAGAACUGGCAAGACGUCCUUUAAACGAUCCUUGCUCAAACAGAAGUUUCACAUCAUUGAACCGAGCACACCUGUGGCCAUGGCAGAGUUGGCAGUGUGUGAAGCAUCCAAUUGGACUUUCGUCAAUGACAAAGACCAGGAAUUUUUAGAUAAACAAAUAGCUAGAGCAGCCAUGCAUGCAAUGCAUGAUUCUAGUGCAAACGUUUCGGGUAGUGAAGGUGAGAGUCAAUAUGAGGAUGGAAGAGCAGAUUGGCCACAUCUUCACAGUCGUGUUGAUCUCGACUCGACAGUCGGUAGAGAAUCUACAUCAACUGAUACUAGAGAAAGUUACUUUGAUGAAGUGAUAGUUCUAACUGAAGGGAUUGCUCGUGCUAUUCGAGAUUUCCAAAGUGAUCCUGAUCUUCUAAAGAAGGAAGAUUCAAAAGUUCACGUUACCAUUUGGGAUUUGGGAGGUCAAGAGCCACUUCUUCCUGGCCAAGGACAAGCCAUCACAUCGGGAUGUGUCGUUUGUGUCGUAUUUAAUGUAUCUCAGUUUCUAGGUGACAAGGCCAAGUCAUUCUACUUUCCUUCUGCCGACUCGGAACCAAUUCCAAUAGACAACCACUGGAUAGAGACAAACUAUGAUGCUGUGUCUUUAUGGGCAUCCAUGACUUUUUUGGCAGGAGACGACGACAGUCGUGAAGGUCUUUACAUUGGCAAGUCAAAGGACUGUGCAUCGCCGGUCAUGUUUUUGAUUGGUACACAUGUCAAUGAUGCUGAUGAAGAAAUGAUUAAGCAACAGAAUGAAUUUCUGUCUAAAAUGUUUCGUAAUAAAGCAUUUAAGCAGCACAUCCUGCGACCAUCCGAUCACCGUGAUGAUUGGUUCUUUUGUGUUGAGAAUUCAGUGUCUGACCCUGACAGUGCAAGUGAGGAUGCAGGUGUGAGUGCAGUGAAGCAACUCAUUGAAGAGAUAGCACGUGAUGUGUCACCCAAACGUCUAAUACCAGCCACUUGGUCAGUUCUAGAGAAGAUCCUUGAUGCUCUAGAACAAAAGUUGGGCAGUGCUCUUUCCAAUGUCCAUGAUAUCAUGGUUUUUGCUCGUCGAUUGUGUCGUAUGUCUGAAGAGAAAGAAGUUCGUGCUGCUCUGGCAUAUUUAGAUGAAGCCGGUUCAGUCAUCUUUCCUCAGGAAAGUGAGAAGCUGAAUAACAUAGUCGUCACCAAACCAAGCUGGAUUUUCAUGGUUUUCUCAGUGGUGGCAUCUGUCGUUACUCUUCCUCCUCCCUUACUGAGUAAAGAUUGGGAUCGAGUGCGACAAGUAGGAAUUGCUUCUUGGAAACUCAUUGAUCAUCGCUUGAAGAAGGCAGGAGUGAAACAUGAAGAAUAUGAAGAUGUACUGAAUCUCUUGAAUUUCUUUUUCAUUGUCUGCCCCAAACUUUGUUUAUCUCAGUCAUCAGUUCCCUAUCAAAUGGAAUAUUUUAUUCCUUGUUUGCUAGAAGUCGAGUCAGAAGGUCCAUUUGCAGCUGCUAAUUCGGUUGCUUCUAAUCCAAUGUCACUCAUUGUUUUGUCUCGUGAUAUCGAGUUUAUUCCUGAGCAAUUGCAUUUCCGGCUGAUGACGUGUUGCAUUGAGAGAUAUUCUGAUGAACCAAUGUUGACACGUAAUCAGUCUGUAUAUCGAGUUGAGAAAGAUGUCAAGUUGGAACUGAUCUAUCACUUGAAGAAAUAUAUUAUUGUCACUAUUGACACAAAACGGCCACUUAAUGAAGUUGCAUCUUUGUGUACAGACAUCCGUCUGUUCAUCACUAAAAAGCUUCAUGAAGUGAAGACCCCAGGGUUGCCUCAGUUUCAGUUUUCAUUAAAUAUUCAACCUCCCGGACCAGCCAUUCCCGUGGAUGUCAGCAAGUUGGUAUGUAUAGACAAGUAUAUACCAAGUGAGGACACAACAUUGAGAAGAAACAUAAAGAGGGACGAUGUCAGCCUUGAUCACAGUGAAAGAGUGGCAUUAGACUGUUGGUUUUAUGACGAGAAAGAUGAUGUAUUAAGAAAAACACAAGAACAGUCCCUGACAAUAACUGCAAACAGGAAAUGUACAGACGAUCAUAUUGUGAAUGUAGCCAACCAAAUUUCUGGUUGCUGGAAAACCCUUGUUCUAAAUUUGUCACCUACAUUUUUCAUGAGCAAGACAAAAGUGAUAGAAAAAGAAAACAGAGAUGAUUGUUUUAUGCAAGCUGUAGCAGCACUGAAUAUGUGGACAAAUGAAUUUGGUAACAAAGCAAGCCAGGCAGCAAUGAUCAAGGCAAUGUGUAACAUCAGCUGUAGAGCUCAGGCUGAAGAUGUCUUUAGUAUCAGUUUGGUGGAGCACAUCUGCCCACAUAAAUGACUGUGUUAGUCUGCACUUGUAGGCAGAGUUGUUUUGUUAAGAGGAAUCAAACGUUACCUGUUUUAUGUUCACAUUAUUCACUCACUAGUCUUACUUGAUGUGCAUUGUUUUCAGUUGACAUAUAUAUGGCUGUUACUAUUUAGCAUUUUACCUUUUGUUUUUAGAAAUACAUUGAUAUAUUGACAGAGCAUAGAGUGCUACGAGUUACAAAGAGAAGUACAAAUGGUUAUGAUUGUGUAGUACAAAUGAUAGUGAAUGGGAUUUGUGGUAAAUAGAGUAAUAAUAUUUACUAUGGUGAUCGGCUGCAGUUCAG